CAUCUGAAUUCGUAUGGUCAAAGGCUUUCCAGAUUUAGGAAGAAGAAUGCAAGAACAAAGGCAGCUGUUGCACGUAGCUUUUGCAAAGCAAUCUAUAUUUAUGACAAGGACAUACAUGCUUUGGCAUCCUACCUCGUUAAACUUCAUGCAUAAUGUAGUUAAUGAAAACCAGAGUCCUGUAAUAGCUGUUACCAAAGGAUGCCAGGUGAAUUUCCUUGUCGGAGGAGGACUUCUGGUAAAAAAGUUCACGCAUGUUCCAGAAACAAUUAUGUAUGAUCUAAGGGAAGGAAGUUUAAGAGGGCUAGAGGAAGGAGGAAUAGUAAAGGACUUAGGAUUUAAGUGGUAUUGUUUCUGUAUUUUUCUUUAG